AUGCCCACGAAUGUGAGUACUCGAAGUGCGAACCAACAAAAGGUGGAUGAGUCUGCAAUGGAAGCAAUUAUAAAUAAGGUAUGUGAAAAGUUCAUGAACAAAAUUGAACAACAAUUUGACCAGAAGUUUGAACAAAUGAGUGAAAAAUUCGAUAGUCUUUGUCAUAAAAUUGAUAAUCUCGAUAAAACGGUUGAAACCAAUGUAAAUGCUAUCCAAAAAAACAUAAAGAGAAUGGAUGAUAUAGAAUAUAAUUUCAAAAAAAAUCGCAUAAGAAGAUGCCUUAAAGGCACUGGUAUUUUCAUCAACGAAGAUCUAGUUGAAAAGAGUUAUAAAUUAUUUAUGAAAGCGAUAAAAAUAUUCAAUCCCAGAAAUGUUUGGACACGAGGAGGAAGGAUAUAUAUUAAAUCUAAAAACGACGUCGUACACAUUAAAGAUGAACAAGAUUUAUCAAACAUAUCUCCACCAUUGGCCUACGGACUAUUGAACGAUGGUACUGCCAACAAGUUCUUAUCUAGAAGAUCGGUUUUUGUUUUACAUAUUUUCAAGCCCAACAAAAGUUUUUGCAUAGUAAAUACUUCGUUAAAGCAGUCUAACGUAAAAGCUCUAUCUUACCCCAAUAUGGGGGAAGAUUCCCCAGGAAGUAGUAAUCCACAACAAACACUACGUGCCAUUAUUAAAUCUAAGCUUACUAUAGAACAAAAUGAAUUACUGAACUCUUUACAUCAGCUAUCACCAGCACAAAAUAAGUCUUUAUUAGAUCUUGAGAAGGAACUGUAUAAAACCCUAGAAGAGUUUAAGGAUAAUGAAGAAGUGUCCAGAGAAAUAAUACAAUUGAAAAAUAAAGUUACUGCUUGUAAAUCUAAAAUAGUCACUUAUUCCCAAUCAGAUUUUGGCCCUUUUACAGUAAUAGUAGAACAAAAAGUUAAUGGAGAAAACAUACCGAGUCUACAUCCUAUGGAUUUAGGAAAAAGAUUUCAUGCUCUAGGAAUCUCUAAUGUUAAAAGUAUUAAAAAGAAAGGCAAACACAGAGUUGGAGUAAGUUUUAAUCUUCCACAUGAAGCCAAUAAAAUACUUUGUAACGAGACACUCUUACGUGAAGGUUAUAAAAUAUACAUUCCUCAAAGGUUUUUAACGGUCAAAGGCAUUAUUAGAGAUGUAGGCUAUUCCAUUACAAGUGAAGAUAUUUUACAAAAUGCUGGCAACAAAUACAAUAUUAUAGAAGCCCGUAGACUAAACAGGAGAAUAGUCACUCAAGAAGGAAUUCAGUAUCUACCUUCAUCUACUUUUUUACUAACUUUUAAAGGAAAAAAAAGACCUGAAGAAAUUGAAAUUUACACGUACCAUACUAAAGUGUUUGCUUAUGUUCCUCCUGUUACGCAAUGUAGAAACUGUUUGAGAUUUGGCCAUGCCCAAAUUCAAUGUAGAAGUAAAAAGCGUUGUAACUGCUGCGGUGAAAGUCAUGAAAAUUGUGAUAAAGAACCUGUAUGUAUUUUUUGCGAUCAGAAUCACAAAUCUACAGAUAAAAAUUGCCCUGAGUUUUCCCGUCAGAAGAAUAUUAACGAACUAAUGUCCUUUCAGGAUUUGUCAUAUUAUGAGGCAUCACAAUUAUCUCCUCCCAUUAUAUCCAGAAAUAUCAACAAAUUUAAUUUUCAACGUACCCCUCAGUCUUUUCCUCCGUUAAAUGCCACUCUCUCUGAAUCAUCCUCUUCAGCAAGACGGUCUUAUGCAAAAGUUACUAUGACACCAAAAAGGAAAAAGGUAAACGUGAUUGAAAAAACAGGCUAUGAUAUAUUAGCACAUAAAGGAGCUCUGCUUCCUCAACCGACCAGAUUAGUAUCUCAAUCAUCUGUAUAUCAAUAUACUCAAGAGAAGGUCACACCAAACACAAAAUUAGACUCUCAACCCUCAGUUUAUCAAUGUACUCAAGGUAAAAUAACACCAGAUAAUCUAUCUCCUCCGCAUUCUUCUCUAAAAAGUUCCUGGAUUGAUAUCCAUUUAGACGCAUCUGACAAUAACAAUCCUAAUGAUUCCGAGAGCAUGUUAAUUGAUGAUAUUCCAAAUACUCCUUUCUCUUCUUCAUUUCCAAAAAUUUAA